AUGGUGAAAAAAAGCAUCGACGCAAGAGUGCGUCCUCUCGCCAAUCCGGCCCUCGAAAAGGCGAGCCUCCUCGGCGCCGCCCGCCUCUACGUCAGCAAGGAGUCUCUCAUUGCUCUCACAAACGGCCUGGAAAGUGGCAAGCCAUGUGUUGUCGAGAAGCUGGACGACCAGCCCCCGAGUCUGGCCAGAAGGGAAGCCUCGCUGUGGAUUCUGCCCGAGAAGAACCUCAGCCCCAACGUCGUCAUGAUGACAAGGGCGUUUCAGGAGGCCACCGCCUUCAAGAUUGGCGACCAGGUGCGCAUUUCGCUGCUCGAGAGCAUGCCCGACGUCCAAGAAGUCGUUGUGCAAGACGUCAGCGAGGAGCAGCAGCACGCCAAGGACAGGGACGGGGAUCGCACUCGGCAUCCUGCCUGUUGGGAGUUUGCCUUGAGUCUGUCUAUGGAACGUGCGGAUCUGAUAUUUCCAGGCAUGGUCUUUGAAGGCGUCAAUAUCAACAGGCUGCGGCGCUCCUUCAAGGUCGUCUCGGUUAACUCAUACACCAACAACAUUGCCAAGUUCCACAUGUCCUCGUCCAUGGUUCGCAUCUCGUCAGAGGAAGACGCCGCUUCGGCAGAGUCGGAGGCCUUGUCGGGCGGUGAGCUGGUCGUCACGGGCGUGCCCGGCCUCACGGCACAAAUCGGCACCAUCAACCGCUUCCUCAACGCCUUCACCCGACCCUUCUUUAUCAGGGGCGAGAACGAGUCGUGCGGCUUCGUCAUACACGGCGGACACGGCACGGGCAAGACAUUUCUCCUGCAAAAGAUUGCGGACACGAGAUGGGGACGGCCGUUCUGGAUCAAGCCCACCGACAAGCUGGCCGCCAUUCGGGAGACGUUCAAGCAGGCGCGCACGCUCCAGCCGAGCAUCAUUCUCAUCGACGGUCUAGAAGACCUCAUUCCAAGGGAUUUAUCGAACCGGUACUCCGUCAUCGAUGCCAUUGGCGAGGAACUCGACGCUCUGUCUGCCGAAGCCAAAGCCCGCAAUGCCCUCCCCAUGGUGGUCGUCAUCGCCACAUGUCUGGACUACAUGGCCGACGUGCCCGUCAAGCUGCAGAAGCGCUCCCGCUUGAUGGAGAACAUUGCACUCCCCAUCCCUAGAGCCAGCGAACGUCUUGAGAUUCUCAACUACCUGGACCCGCCGCUUCACCCCGCCGAGAAGAAGGCGUGUCUGGAUAGCGUGGCGCAACAGACGCACGCUUACAACGGCGACGAUUUGACAAACUUGGUAUUCAAGGCCAAGAAGAUUCUCGGCAACAGACUCUUCGAUGAGGGUCUUGAUCCCCUUACGGCAGGCGAACAGUUCCUCUCCAAGGAGGACAUGGAGCAAGCGUUGAUAACCACGAAGCCCACGGCCAUGCAUGAUAUCAACCUCCAGCCGCCGACUAUUCAUUGGCGGGAUGUAGGUGGCCAAGAAAGUCUCAAGAAGGUGUUGUCCCGCAUGAUUAGCAUCACAAAGAACACCGACCACUUAGCCCGACGCGUCCUCCGCAGCCCUCCAAAGGGUCUACUCCUCUACGGUCCGCCAGGUUGUUCCAAAACGCUCUCCGCGCAGGCCAUGGCCACGGAAUCCGGUUUCAACUUCUUCGCCGUCAAGGGCGCUGAGCUCCUCAACAUGUACGUGGGCGAGUCGGAGCGCGCCAUCCGUACGCUGUUUGAACGGGCGCGAGCCGCCUCCCCGUCCAUCAUCUUCUUCGACGAGAUCGACUCCAUCGGCGGCCAGCGCGGCCAGGGCCCCGGCUCCUCGUCAUCGGGCGGCUCCGGCGCCGUCAACAUGCUCACCACGCUGCUCACCGAGAUGGACGGCUUCGAGUCGCUCAAGGGUGUCUUCGUCCUCGCCGCCACCAACCGCCCCGAGGCGAUUGACCCGGCUCUCAUGCGGCCCGGCCGCUUCGACCAGGUCCUCUACGUCGGCCCGCCCGACCAGGCUGCUCGCGAGGCCGUCUUUAACGUCCAUCUCAAGGGGCUGGCGGUGGCAGACGACGUUGACGUAACGGAGGCGGCGAGGUUGACGAACGGGUACUCGGGCGCUGAGAUCAAGGCCAUUUGUCAAGAAGCCGGGAUCGCGGCGUUGGAUCGCUUCGACAAUGACGAGAGUGGCAAGGCCUCGCUGGAGAUUGGCAUGGACGACUUGACGGUCGCCAUAGAGAGGACGCCUAGGAAUAUCACGAGUUCCAUGAUUAAAGGUUAUGAGAAUUGGUCAAGGCAGUUUAGACCCAGGUAG